AUGAAGGAGGUGAUGCACUUCCAUGCUCUGCUGUCAUGGAGGCAGCUGAGAUGUAUCCCAGGAGGGCAAGGUUACGCCUUCAUGAGGCAAGCUUCCUGGGACGGACUCUCCCUACGCAUGGUAGUGAUCAGAGAUCCCACGAGAGUGCAACAAGAGAAGAUGACUUUGCCAAAUAAACUGGUGCACUUCCAGCCUCAAGACAUGUCCUGCUACAACCCCUGCCUGCCUUGCCAGCCCUGCCGGCCCUGCGGCCCAACCCCGCUGGCCAACAGCUGCAAUGAGCCCUGUGUCAGGCAGUGCCAGGAUUCCACCGUCGUCAUCCAGCCCUCCCCCGUGGUGGUGACCCUGCCUGGCCCCAUCCUCAGCUCCUUCCCGCAGAACACCGCUGUUGGAAACUCCACCUCCGCUGCCGUUGGCAGCGUCCUCAGCUCUGCGGGAGUCCCCAUCUCCUCCGGGGGCUUUGGCCUCUCUGGCUUGGGCAGCCGCUCCUGUGGCACAAGGUGCCUCCCCUGCUAA